CUAUGGUUAUGGAAGGCGUUGUAGAAGAAAGUCAAACUAUUUCGUCUUCCUUUUGUGGUUCGAAAUAGAUGACGGCAGCUGAUUGAUUUCAUAGUUCGUCUUUUAUAUUUAUUGCUUGAUAUUGAUAAUCAGUACCUAAUAACAUUUUCUUUCUGAGAAGGUCAAGGAACGGCAUAAAACUGGUGUUCGAUAAGUCACUUGGCAAUAUGCCUGCCGUCAGGGGCGAUGGAAUGCGAGGACUCGCAGUCUUUAUAUCAGAUAUAAGAAACUGUAAAAGUAAAGAAGCGGAAAUCAAGAGAAUUAACAAAGAGCUGGCGAAUAUACGCAGUAAGUUCAAAGGAGACAAAACUCUUGAUGGCUAUCAGAAGAAAAAGUAUGUCUGUAAGCUUCUAUUUAUAUUUCUGUUAGGCCACGAUAUUGACUUUGGGCAUAUGGAAGCUGUUAAUCUACUUUCGUCAAAUAAGUACUCCGAGAAACAGAUCGGAUACCUUUUUAUAUCUGUCUUGGUCAAUACCAACAGUGAUUUGAUCAAGCUCAUUAUCCAAAGCAUUAAAAAUGAUUUACAAUCUCGUAACCCCAUUCAUGUAAAUCUAGCUUUGCAGUGCAUUGCUAACAUUGGCAGUAAAGACAUGGCUGAAGCUUUUGGGACUGAAAUCCCAAAACUUUUGGUCUCUGGUGAUACUAUGGAUGUUGUUAAACAAUCAGCAGCACUUUGUCUUUUAAGACUUUUCAGAAAAUCACCUGAAAUAAUUCCUGGAGGAGAAUGGACUUCACGCAUAAUACAUCUUUUGAAUGACCCACAUAUGGGUGUAGUUACAGCUGCCACAUCUUUAAUAGAUGCUCUUGUUAAGAAAAACCCAGAAGAGUACAAGGGAUGUGUUACUCUGGCUGUUGCUAGAUUAAGCAGAAUUGUUACAGCUAGCUACACCGAUUUGCAAGACUACACAUAUUACUUUGUACCAGCUCCAUGGUUGUCAGUAAAGUUAUUGCGCUUACUUCAAAAUUAUACACCUCCCUCAGAAGAACCUGGUGUAAGAGGUCGGCUGUCUGAAUGCCUAGAAACUAUAUUUAAUAAAGCUCAAGAGCCUCCCAAAUCAAAGAAAGUGCAACAUUCUAAUGCCAAAAAUGCUGUUCUUUUUGAAGCAAUAAGUCUUAUCAUUCAUAAUGACAGUGAACCCAAUUUGCUAGUUCGAGCAUGUAAUCAGUUGGGUCAAUUUCUAAGUAACCGCGAAACUAAUCUAAGAUAUUUAGCUCUUGAAUCUAUGUGUCAUCUUGCAACAUCAGAGUUUUCACAUGAAGCAGUAAAGAAACACCAGGAAGUUGUUAUCUUAUCUAUGAAAAUGGAAAAAGAUGUUUCAGUCCGUCAGCAGGCUGUAGACCUGCUAUAUGCAAUGUGUGACAAGUCAAAUGCAGAAGAAAUUGUACAAGAAAUGCUUGCUUACUUAGAAACUGCAGAUUAUUCUAUAAGGGAAGAAAUGGUAUUGAAAGUUGCAAUUUUAGCUGAAAAGUAUGCAACAGAUUUCACUUGGUAUGUUGAUGUUAUCCUUAACUUGAUUAGAAUUGCCGGUGACUAUGUUUCAGAAGAAGUAUGGUACAGAGUCAUCCAAAUUGUAAUAAAUAGAGAAGAAGUCCAAGGAUAUGCUGCAAAAACAGUCUUUGAGGCUUUGCAAGCUCCUACAUGUCAUGAAAAUAUGGUCAAAGUUGGUGGAUAUAUUCUUGGUGAAUUUGGUAAUUUGAUAGCUGGAGAUACAAGAUCUUCCCCACAAGUUCAAUUUGAACUACUUCAUUCUAAAUAUCAUUUGUGUUCAGCAGCAACCAGAGCCCUGCUUUUAUCAACAUACAUAAAGCUUGUUAAUCUUUUCCCAGAAAUAAAAGCUCGUGUCCAAGAAGUUUUUCGUGCUGAUUCUAAUCUUCGUUCAGCUGAUGUCGAGUUACAACAAAGAGCAUCAGAAUAUCUGCAACUCAGUAUUGUGGCUAGUUCUGAUGUACUUGCUACAGUUCUUGAGGAAAUGCCAGCUUUUCCAGAAAGAGAAUCAUCUAUUCUAGCUGUGUUAAAGAAGAAGAAGCCAGGGCGCAUUCCUGACGAUGUUAGAGAGUCAAAAAGUCCACAACCAAAUGCUGCUUCUGCUGCAGUUAUUAACUCUGCAAAUAAUACAAAUAAUUCCAGUGCAGAUUUGCUUGGUUUAUCUACUCCUCCGGGCACUACUGCACCUUCUGCUGGUAAUGGACUUCUAGAUGUUCUAGGUGAUUUAUACACCACUCCUAAAGUAAGCCCAAAUACUGUUCAACAAAACAAUAUCAAGAAAUUUUUGUUUAAAAAUAAUGGAGUCUUGUUCGAAAACGAUAUCAUUCAAAUAGGUGUAAAAAGUGAAUUCAGGCAAAACCUUGGCAGGAUUGGAUUGUUUUAUGGAAACAAAGCUGCAUACCCAGUUUUGAACAUACAUCCAGAGCUACAGUGGACUGAUAUGCACAAACUAAACGUCCAGGUAAAACCUAUGGAACCAGUUAUUGAAGCAGGUGCUCAAAUACAGCAAAUGUUGACAGCUGAAUGUAUUGAAGAUUUUGCUGAUGCCCCUAGCAUGACAAUCACAUUCAAUUACAACAAUGUUCCUCAAAAGAUUACUUUAAAACUGCCACUUACAUUAAACAAAUUCUUUGAACCUACUGAGAUGAAUGGAGAAUCCUUUUUUGCACGAUGGAAAAAUUUAGGAGGAGAACAGCAAAGAGCUCAGAAGAUAUUUAAAGCGCAAGGUGCCAUUGAUUUGGCUGGAACACGCACAAAACUUGCUGGUUUUGGUAUGCAACUGUUAGAUGGUAUUGACCCUAAUCCUGAGAAUUUUGUUUGUGCUGGAAUUGUUCAUACUAGAGUUCAACAAGUUGGAUGCCUCAUGAGAUUGGAACCAAACAAACAGGCUCAAAUGUUUAGACUGACUGUAAGAUCUAGCAAAGAAACAGUUUCACAAGAAAUUUGCAACUUGCUAGCUGAUCAGUUUUAAAUCCCAUUUAUCACUAAUUGGACCAUGGAUUAUGAACAACAAUAUGAGACAGAAAACGGUUAUUACUUAGCUAUCCACUCAAUAGUUGCUAAUGGUGUACUAAGUAUUUUGCAAUAUACAUUAGUGUGGAUUGAGCACUGAGAGAGUAUGUGUGAAAUCUCUUUGUACAAUUAUGAAUUUAUAUUGUUAUGAUGCCUACAUUAGGAAUAGAUUUUUAUUUUAAACAAAUUUUAUUUUAAUUUAGUUUUUUUACUCAUGUUUGUUGGUAUAACAAUGUUUUCCAACUAUGUAUAUUAUUUACCUAAUUUAUUAAUGUGAGAUACGAAUAUCAGUACAUGACGGUUUUUAUAAUGUAUGGGAAACCUCAUAUCAAGUACUGUUUAUUAAAAUAUAUUUAAAUUUUUAUGAUUACUAUCUAUAAUACUCAAUUCAUUUUGAAUUGACUUAUUUUUUUAAAUGAAUGUAUGUCUUUUUAUGUUUGAUAUUUUUUUAAAUGCUUAGAACUUCUAUCAACAUAAUUAUGAUAAGCUGUUUUGUAGUGAAUAUUGAUCAGUGUCAUAUUUAUGGGCGUAUUGAACAUGAAUAUUUCGUUGAUUCCUAUUCAUUGUUGUUAUUACAAUACAGUAUAACAGACUCCCGUUUUCAGUAAAAGAAUUGGUAUGCCCAUAAAUAAAGCUGUGGGCAUUCAUAACACAUUAUUGACUUAUAAAUAAGUAAGCAACUUCGAUAAAAAAGAAAAGUUAGGUUUAUUACAUGCAACAUUACAACAUCAAUGUAACUAACCCUUAAAGAAAUUUCAUAAACUGAACAAUUUUUAUUAUAUAAGACAGAGUGUUUCUAUAGAACAUUUUUACUAUUGUUUUUAUAUUAAAACUUAAAGUUAGCUUAUAUGGUCAUACCAAAGUAAUAUUUUGAUUAGAGGUUAUUGUGUAUCAAAAUUUGUAUAAGUAAUUCAAAAUUGCUUAUGUAGGAUGUACAACUAUUAAUUAUACUGUGCAGAAGAAGUACGGGAUAAAUAAAUUAACAGACGUUCCUCUCGUAAAGAUACAAUAGAUUUAUGAUGGUAGCUAGCACUAUGUUCUUUCUAGUUUUUUGAUGAUAGUAUUAAUUCAUUACAAAACGAAAGUUUUAUAGUGUACCUUACCAAUAAGCAAAAUUUAUUGAUUAAGGGCUAACGGCUUACAUAUAAAUAAUAAUACAUAAUUCCAUUUUAUUUUGGGAAAUACUCUCACAAGAAAUCAAUAAACUUAUUAUAUUUCACUUCAUAAACAUUCCUAUGUAAACUUAAGUUUCAAAAUUAUGAUAAAAUACUUACUUAAGUCUCAAUAUUGUAGAUCUCAUCAAUAUUCUGUAUAGACAUCUACAAUUAUAUACCUGUGUUCCUUUAAAUCCAGUUAAUUUGUUUGUUACUCGUGUUUGUUAUAUUAUUUUGCAUAUAAUGAAAACUUAAAAAUAAUGCCUAUACGUUUGAGGAAUCUCACAUUUUAAUAGUUUUAUUUUCAUAUUGUAUGAAGAUGUUAUGGCUGUAGAAUUAGACAAAUUAGUAUUAUGAAAUGUUGUUAUGAAAUUAUCAUGCAAUUCUCUAUGCAUGAUAGGUUUUCAUUAUCAAAUAAGGAUACGAAAAAUUAAUAUAUUGUCAUUUCUAUACUCUUCAGGUAUAUUGUAUUUUACAUGUCAAGAAUGAGGUAUCAUCGUAUUAAUUAUGUAUAUUAUGGACUUUAAAGGAGCUGCUUACAUGUUGUGUACACUUUCAUGUAAUGUGUGAUUAUAAUAAUGUACAAUAUAUUGCAUGAGAAUAAUGAGUGCGAUUCAGUGAUAGAGAUAGAUGUUUGUUCGUUCUUGCGCUUCGAAACAAUAUUGUAACUCUAUAAUAAAUAUUUAUCCAUAAAUAGUUAAAUUGGUCUUUCAUUUCUCUAUAUUAAUUGUAUACUUGGUAACAUCAGAUUGCUGCAAAAGACCACAAAUUUUUCCAACUGAUUUUUAAGCCUUCAUUUAUGAAAAUUAAGUUCAAAGUUCAUUGGAGCAAUAGAUUUAAUUGUAGCGGCUUUUAGUUACAUGCUCGAUAUUCUGUAAAAAUACAGCGUCGGACACCGCUGACGCAGCAUUAGACGAUCGACCGAAUAAAUCCUAUUAUUUUUUAUUACCUUUUAAAGUAGGUUUGAUUUUACUAACCUUAAAUGAAACCGUUUAAAAGUUUAGUUUAAUUUCAUUUAUAGAUAGUGUGCCUGAAAAUAUAAGUAAUCAGUGUUAUUUAGCCUUGAUUCUAGCAAUAGGAUACGACAUAGCUACGCUAUGGCGAUAUUUAGUUUCAUGUUACUAUGACAUGU